AUUGUGAGUUUUUGUGGGUCUGCAAGUAUAUUUUCUUAUCUGUAUGAAAGGGAGGGAAGUGCUUGUUAAUCUGUUUGAAGCAUGUAGCAGCGGGAAAUCAGUGGCACAAUUGCACUCUCUGACCCUUAAAGCUGGCCUUGCCCAUGACAGCUUCUUUGCCACAAAACUCAACGCUUUGUAUGCUAAAUACGAGUCACUUGGUCAUGCCCGCAAGGUGUUCGACGAAACACCAAACAGAACCGUCUAUCUCUGGAACGCCACGCUCAGAAGCCAUUGUAGAGAGAAUCAAUGGGAAGAGACCUUAUAUCUCUUCCACAAUAUGAUCUCUGAUUCAAGAGCCAACGAUGAAAAGCCUGAUAAUUUCACAAUACCCAUUGCUCUGAAGGCCUGUACUGCGUUAAGGGCACUUGCAUAUGGCAAAAUAGUACACGGGUUUGUAAAGAAACAUGAGAAAGUUGCAUUGGACAUGUUUGUGGGUUCUGCAUUGAUUGAAUUGUAUUCUAAAUGUGGACAAAUGAGUGACGCUCUAAAAGUGUUCAAAGAAUUUUCUCAACCGGAUGUGUUUUUGUGGACUUCUAUGGUUACUGGAUAUGAGCAGAAUGGCAAUCCUGAAGAAGCGUUGGAAUUUUUUUCCCGAAUGGUGAUGGUGGGGCGCGUUGAUCCUGACCGAGUGACCCUUGUUAGUGCUGUUUCUGCUUGUGCUCAGUUAUCAAAUUUUAGACUUGGAAGUUGUGUACAUGGUGUUGCUAUUAGGAACGGAUUCAACUCUGAUUUAUCUUUAGUUAAUUCAUUGCUGAAUCUGUACGCAAAGACAGGUUCUGUCAAGACUGCAGCUAGCUUGUUCGGGAAAAUGCCAGAAAAAGAUGUUAUUUCUUGGAGCUCCAUGAUUGCCUGUUACACUCACAAUGGGGCUAUACUAGAAGCAUUAAAUCUUUUCAAUGAAAUGAUCAAUAGGGGAAUUGAACCUAAUUCAGUAACUGUGGUUAAUGCAUUACAAGCAUGUGCAGUGGCAGGUAAUUUAGAAGAGGGUAAGAAGAUCCAUGAACUUGCUACUAGGAAAUGUUUCGAGUUAGAUAUCACAUUAGCUACAGCUCUGAUUGAUAUGUACAUGAAGUGCUUAGCACCUCAAGAAGCUUUUGACCUUUUCAAAAGAAUGCCCAAGAAAGAUGUGGUUUCUUGGGCUGCAUUGUUAAGUGGGUAUGCUCAAAACGGAAUGGCAUACAAGUCAAUGGGGGUCUUUCGCAACAUGUUGUCAGAUGAAACUCAACCUGAUGCUGUUGCUAUGGUUAAGCUUCUUACAGCUUGUUCAGGAUUAGGGAUUCUUCAACAAGCUCUUUGCCUCCAUGCUUAUGUGAUUAAACGGGCCUUCAAGAAUAGCAUCUUUGUUGGAGCUUCACUCAUAGAGUUAUACUCAAAAUGUGGUAGCAUAGACAUUGCUAACCGAUUAUUCGAAGAGAUAAAGGACAAGGAUGUUGUUAUUUGGAGUGCAAUGAUUGCAGGUUAUGGAGUUCAUGGACAAGGAGUAGAAGCUUUAAAAGUUUUUGAUAAGAUGGUGAAGCACUCAGCUGUUAAGCCGAAUGAUGUAACAUUUCUCUCUGUUUUAUCUGCUUGUAGCCAUUCAGGUUUGGUUGAAGAAGGUAUCGAGAUAUUCAAUAUGAUGCUGCGUGAAUACCAACUGAAGCCUGGACCUGAGCACUACGGAAUAAUAGUUGAUCUUCUUGGCCGCACAGGAGAGCUGGACAAGGCCAUGGAAAUUGUUGAGCGUAUGCCAAACCCAUCUGCGCCCCAUGUUUGGGGAGCCUUGCUUGGUGCGUGCCGGAUUCAUAACAAUACCAAGCUUGGAGAGGUUGCAGCAAAGAGUCUUUUGCAGUUAGAUCCUAAUCAUGCAGGAUAUUACAUACUGCUCUCAAAUAUAUAUGCCAUGGACAAUAAAUGGGAGCAUGUGGCGGAUCUUAGAACUUUGAUAAGGGAGAAGGGGUUAAAGAAGAUGUCCGGGCAGAGUGUCGUUGAGGUCAGGGGUGACAUCCAUAGUUUUGUAGCUGGAGAUAGACGUCACCAAGAUUCUGAUCAGAUCUUUGUAUUGCUAGGAACAUUAGAGGUGAAAAUGAGAGAGGAAGGUUAUGUUCCUGAUGUUGAUUUCCAGCAACAUGAUAUGCAUGGAGGAUGUUUCACAGAUUUGAAGUGCGUAAAGGCCUAAGCUAAGGUGGUUUAAUAAACCAAUUGAAUGUUAAGCCUCUAUGUGAAAUGCACCUGAACCCAUUUGAAGUCAGGUAGACACCUGACCCUCUGAUUUAGUCUAUUCAGUUUUUGGCUCCCCUCUUGCCUGCUUUAUUGUAUUUCUUUCUGCUUGUAUAGAUAUGUGGUUGCUUUAUGAUCCUCAAGUUGUAUCAAAAUCAAAUGUUUCCCUUUUGGCAGAUGCCAUAGAAAGAAGGGG